AAAUGCCAGUUAUAUUUUUAUGAUUAUUAUCAUGUCCAGUGACCUUACAGGAUGGUCUAAUCCCUCCUAUAAAACAUUUCAUAUAAGCUUUAAUUGUUCGCUGUUGCUCAAUAUAUGUAUAGCAAAUAUAUAUCCAGCCAAUAUACAUGUUAUUGUUAGGACACAAAUAAAGGCAUUAUUAUGCCCCCGGAAAAUUCAUUAUUAAUUUUUGUUCUUCUCAAUUCGAAUUCAGACACCACUCCACCGAAUGUGACGUGUGAUGACGUCACAACGAGGCCCUUUUUACCGAACAGUUUUCUUGGACUGAGUGUGGGUGUUUCGUACACGUACGAGGAUUCAAACCCUGAUCCCAGUGGGAUUACUUAUAACGUAACCAAAGGACCAGGCGGAGAUUUGUUCCCGCCCGGACGCACCCCAGUGACGAUGUACGCGGUCGACCUACAUGGCAACAGAGCGACAUGUCUUUUCUACGUGGAAAAUACGCUGACUGAGCUACCAGUGAAUUGCCCAGACCUGAACAGAACGGUCGCCACUGACAUGGGACUGCCCACAUAUUCUUACACCCCUUCCAUAGAGGCCAGUGACGUCACAAAGUCCACUUCCGGGUACAGAUACCACGGAGGUGCAGUUUCUGUGGAUCCUACAAUGGCCAUUGGUAGCAAGCUAGAUGUCGGUACCCAUCUAGACACAGUCUUGAUUUCGGAUGAGGUGCUGAGUAAGACGUGCAUAGGGUAUAUUGUUGUACAGGACACCACUCCACCGAAUGUGACGUGUGAUGACGUCACAACGAGGCCCUUUUUACCGAACAGUUUUCUUGGACUGAGUGUGGGUGUUUCGUACACGUACGAGGAUUCAAACCCUGAUCCCAGUGGGAUUACUUAUAACGUAACCAAAGGACCAGGCGGAGAUUUGUUCCCGCCCGGACGCACCCCAGUGACGAUGUACGCGGUCGACCUACAUGGCAACAGAGCGACAUGUCUUUUCUACGUGGAAAAUACGCUGACUGAGCUACCAGUGAAUUGCCCAGACCUGAACAGAACGGUCGCCAUUGACAUGGGACUGCCCACAUAUUCUUACACCCCUUCCAUAGAGGCCAGUGACGUCACAAAGUCCACUUCCGGGUACAGAUACCACGGAGGUGCAGUUUCUGUGGAUCCUACAAUGGCCAUUGGUAGCAAGCUAGAUGUCGGUACCCAUCUAGACACAGUCUUGAUUUCGGAUGAGGUGCUGAGUAAGACGUGCAUAGGGUAUAUUGUUGUACAGGACACCACUCCACCGAAUGUGACGUGUGAUGACGUCACAACGAGGCCCUUUUUACCGAACAGUUUUCUUGGACUGAGUGUGGGUGUUUCGUACACGUACGAGGAUUCAAACCCUGAUCCCAGUGGGAUUACUUAUAACGUAACCAAAGGACCAGGCGGAGAUUUGUUCCCGCCCGGACGCACCCCAGUGACGAUGUACGCGGUCGACCUACAUGGCAACAGAGCGACAUGUCUUUUCUACGUGGAAAAUACGCUGACUGAGCUACCAGUGAAUUGCCCAGACCUGAACAGAACGGUCGCCAUUGACAUGGGACUGCCCACAUAUUCUUACACCCCUUCCAUAGAGGCCAGUGACGUCACAAAGUCCACUUCCGGGUACAGAUACCACGGAGGUGCAGUUUCUGUGGAUCCUACAAUGGCCAUUGGUAGCAAGCUAGAUGUCGGUACCCAUCUAGACACAGUCUUGAUUUCGGAUGAGGUGCUGAGUAAGACGUGCAUAGGGUAUAUUGUUGUACAGGACACCACUCCACCGAAUGUGACGUGUGAUGACGUCACAACGAGGCCCUUUUUACCGAACAGUUUUCUUGGACUGGAUGUGGGUGUUUCGUACACGUACGAGGAUUCAAACCCUGAUCCCAGUGGGAUUACUUAUAACGUAACCAAAGGACCAGGCGGAGAUUUGUUCCCGCCCGGACGCACCCCAGUGACGAUGUACGCGGUCGACCUACACGGCAACAGAGCGACAUGUCUUUUCUACGUGGAAAAUACGCUGACUGAGCUACCAGUGAAUUGCCCAGACCUGAACAGAACGGUCGCCAUUGACAUGGGACUGCCCACAUAUUCUUACACCCCUUCCAUAGAGGCCAGUGAUGUCACAAAGUCCACUUCCGGGUACAGAUACCACGGAGGUGCAGUUUCUGUGGAUCCUACAAUGGCCAUUGGUAGCAAGCUAGAUGUCGGUACCCAUCUAGACACAGUCUUGAUUUCGGAUGAGGUGCUGAGUAAGACGUGCAUAGGGUAUAUUGUUGUACAGGUUAAUUGUAGCUCUGAUCCUUGUCACAACGGAGGAAACUGCUCCAGCAGUGGAUGCACAUGUCCUUCCGGUUACAUUGGAAGUACCUGUAAUGGUGUUGACUGCGGAACCAAUUCUUGUCUUAAUGGAGCAACCUGUUCAAAUGAUAGUUGUCUCUGUCCUGCCAAUUAUAAAGGAAUCAUUUGUGAAACAGAUGUAAAUGAAUGCCAAGAAAGUGACCCAUGUGCGAACAUUUCCAACAGUUUCUGUUUGAAUAAUAUCGGCUCUUACAAGUGUAACUGUUAUGAAGGCCACGAGAUUGCGACAGUAAAUGGAUCCAAAGUGUGCAGAGAAGCUCCUACUGUUGGGUGUGCAUCUGAUUCUUGUCUCAAUGGAGGCACGUGCAUGGAGGAACCAACGUACCUGACAUGUACAUGCCCGACAGGAUAUACCGGAUCCAGAUGUGAGAGAGAUCUGACCUGUAAUGGUGUUAUCUGCGAUGAAAGUCAAACCUGCUUUCAAAACGAGUGUGCUUGCAGAGCUGGGACUGUUCUGGUGGACGGAAUAUGCCUAGGUGACUGUUCUCCUUCAUGCAAUUUCGAUCGGGAACGUUGUUUACGCUCUAAUACCGGGGAAGCUUCUUGCGAAUGUCGUCCAGGAUACAGGCCGCUCCAGGGGUCGUCAGCUAAGCUGAACUGUGUCCCAAUACGAAGGAUAUUCCUCAUUACAUUCAUCAUCUAUCAGUUUAAUGGAGCUCCUGCCAUCUUUGCUAAUACUUACCUCAAUCCGGAGAGUUCCCAGUUUCAGAUAGGCUCUUCUGCUAUAGCCUACGUGCUGCCCAGGGUGUUGCAAGCUCGAGGAGUCACUGGCAUAGUCGAUGCAUCCAUCGGCCGCUUCUACCAAGGCAGUCUAGGAGUGGAGGUCAUGCUUAGUGCUGAUGACAACUUCCAAGGUAACGGGACUACCAUGACCUCUGCUAUUACGGAGGAGGGAGAGAACAACGAUGAACAUCUCGCUGUCGAUGAUGAGGACAUCCAAAUAGGUUUGAGAUCACUGACUGUGGCAGAAAUUAUGGAUUACGAUGAAUGUGGGAACGCUACUCUUAACGACUGUUCUAUGGAUGCAUCGUGUAGGGAUAUUUCUGGAGUCGGUUUUAACUGUACAUGUAAUGGCGGAUUCAUCGAUCUCUAUCCAAGUUCACUCCCGGGACGUUACUGCAGGGCUGUGCCAGGAGGUUCAUUAAAUGUGGGUUUGAUAGCUGGCUUAACAGCUACAGUAGCCUUUCUACUUCUCUUCGUAUUGGUGAUGGCGUACAUGAUCAUCCCUCGGAUGAGACGAAGGAAACAUUCCCAAAACAUCAAGCGCUUCAUGAGGAAUCACUCCAACACCGGAUACUUCUCGCGAAGUGAAGAACCCGAUGAGUUACAGAUGAAGUAUCGAGAUGGAAGGUCGGCACUCUGAAUUUGAUCACCAUGAGCCUUCCAUGCCUGAUUCUGUGCAUGAUAUAGACACGAUGAACCAUGGGUUUGAAAACGAUAUGUACGACACCGUGUAUGAUUACAACGGCGACCCCGUCGACGAUCACACCGAUAAAGAUCACGGACGGAGCAACAUGGAUCUCAGUGUGGUCUAUAGUGAUAUUGCUCGUGAACUUAAUGACCGUAACUACGAUGAAUAAUAAUCAAUAUUUAAAUGACAAAUCGUGACAUUUGAUAACAAAAAAUACCUGAGUCAUUUUUACUACUUCUGAGGAAAAACGAUAACAAAUAAAUCUUUCAGUGAUGUUACACGUUUUCAUUUGAUUUACAUAGGCAGAUCGUUUCAUUCAUACACAGUUUAAGAUUGAAAAUUGACUUAUGGUUAUUGAAAAGGGGCGGGGGGCUCUACUAUACUAAUUUAAGCGAAUGUCUCAAUUUUGUUUAAAGAAAAUGACUGGGCAGUAUUUGUAACUGCCUGCCUAUGUAUGUAUUUUCUUUUGCUUACGUAUUCUGUGAACAUAUUUUUUUCAUAAGGAUCAUUAGCAGUAAAAUGUUAUUUGAUAUUUUUGCUUUUAUAUUAUUCAGGUUUUACACAUACGUGUAUGCGCUUACUUUGGGUGUAUUGGGGUGAUGAGUUACUCAUUGUAUUUUCUUGUAUUUUCAUGUAAAUCAUUAAAAAUAAACUUGAGUUCUGUUUUGUUUUAAAAUUAAUUCUCAAAAAAUCGAGACUU